CCCGACGCGAGGCCACAAAUCGCUCCCAGCCUCCCUUCUUCUUCUUCUUUCCUCCCUACGCGCGCGGUCAAAGAAGAGAUCCCCCCUCCUCCUCCCUGCCCAGCGCUCGCCGCGAGGAGCCGAGGAAGAACCCCUGCCUGAGAAGCUUACCAUGGCGGACCAGCUCACCGACGACCAGAUCGCCGAGUUCAAGGAGGCCUUCAGCCUAUUCGACAAGGACGGCGAUGGCUGCAUCACGACCAAGGAGCUGGGGACAGUCAUGCGCUCACUGGGGCAGAACCCAACCGAGGCGGAGCUCCAGGACAUGAUCAACGAGGUUGACGCUGACGGCAACGGCACCAUCGACUUUCCCGAGUUCCUCAACCUGAUGGCUCGCAAGAUGAAGGACACCGACUCGGAAGAGGAGCUCAAGGAGGCCUUCCGGGUGUUCGACAAGGACCAGAACGGCUUCAUCUCGGCCGCGGAGCUCCGCCACGUCAUGACCAACCUCGGCGAGAAGCUAACGGACGAAGAGGUUGACGAGAUGAUCCGUGAGGCCGACGUGGACGGUGAUGGCCAGAUCAACUACGAGGAGUUCGUCAAGGUGAUGAUGGCCAAGUGAUCCAGCCUCGACUGGUGGUGGUGGUAUCACUGUUUAUUUACCUGGAAGGAGGAAAUUUGUGCAUUGCAUAUUAGUAAGGAAUGCGACUCUCGUUUCCUUGUCUUCCCUGAAACAAGAACCGUAUUAGUAGGCCCUAGUUGCUGAAAUCCUCCUCCCCUGCCUCUCUCUCUCCGGUGUGUCAUUGAAACCUGUUUCUUUGUGUGGAUCUGUAAGACUUGCCCUCUCCGUGAUGAACCCUGAUUGCAGUUGAAUC